AGAACCAUUACUCCCCAGCGCCUGAAGAUGACACAUGUUCUGAGGGGCAGACUUUAUCUGGCCCUUCAGUCAGACACCAACAGCCGUAUCUCCCCGUUGUGCAGGAUGACGAGGAUAAGGUGAAGUGCAUGUGGUCAGGGUGUUCAAGUGUUAUCAGGAAGGACAACUACACUCGCCAUGUGAAUGAGGUUCAUAAGCGUCAAUUCAAGGCUGUCUGCACUGCUUGUGGAAAGGAGUUCCUGCGUCCAUAUAUGAAGAAGACCCAUAUGUGUCCUGGUCGAUAUUCCAAACGUAGUAAUUCCUAGACCGAGGAAGCUCCGUACAAGGCGU